AUGGGUAAUUUUUUCUCAAAAAAAAAUGACACAUUCGAAAAACAACUUUUAGAUAUGGAGUCCAAAAUUUUAAACAUGGAAACUAAAAUUAACAGCUCCAAAGCAUUCCACAAAGAUAUUAUUAGAAAAAUUGUUAUCUAUAGUUUCAUUGUAGAGUUUUUUAUAGUAUUAUUUUCUUAUGUCAAAUCCCGUUCAUCAAACACAUUUUCAGAAAAAUCUAUGUGUUAUUUAUAUUCUUUAUUAUUCCCUAUUUUAAUUUUAACAUUAACAAAAUCAUAUGGUUUCGUAUUUCAAUAUUCGAUAAAGAACUACGAAAACAAAUUAGAAAAAUUAAAAGUAGGUUUAGAAAAAAAAUUGGAUGACAGAAAGCGUGAAACCGAUUUUGAGAAUACAAAAAAACUUUUAGAUAAGUACGAAAAUAUAAUAAAGAAAAAAAAAAAUAAUAAUAAUAAUAGCAACAAUUCAAAUAGUAAUACAAUUUUACCAACUUUAAAUGGUAAAAGCAAUAUUUUAGCAAACAAUACAAAUAGAAACUCUAGGGCUCAACAACAGAAUCCACAACAACAAUACCAAAGAGCACAAUACUCACCUCCAUCUCACCCACAACAACAACAACCACAACAACAACCACAACUUCAAUUACAACAACAGCAACAGCAACAAAUGUUAAAUCCAAGGGCUCAACAAUUACAACCACACUAUACACAACAACCACAUCAUAGAGUUCAAUCAACAUCACAAAUUAGAGCAACUCCACAAAACCCUAAAGAUAAAUGGUGGUUUGACAAAUUAAUUGAUUUUUUAGUUUCAGAUGGUCCAACUCAUGGAUCACCAUUAAUUUGUGAAAAUUGUGGAACCAAUAAUGGUUAUGUCCCUCGUGAAGAGAUCCCAAGCAUUCAAUUCCGUUGUAUUGCAUGCAAAUUUUUUAAUUCUAAAAGUGAAAACAACGGCCACAAUAAUGGUUUAACAAAAAAUAAUAAUAUAGAUGGCAAUAAUAAUAAUAAUAACAAUAAUAAUAAUAAUAAUAAUAAUAAUAAUAAUAUAGAUAAUAAUAUAGAUAAUAAUAUUAUAGAUAAUAAUAAUAUAGACAAUAAUAACAAUAACAAUACUAUUAAUAGUACAGAUAAUAGUAUUGAUAAAAUUGAUAAUAAUAUAGAUGAUAAAAAAAAUAAAAAUACAAAUAGAAAUAUAAACUUUGAUUCAGAAUCAAAAGAGAAAAAUAGUUUAGAAAGAGACAAUGCAGACAAAUCUAAUAAUAGUUUAAACAAUAGUUUGGAUACAAGCCUCAACAACGAAGAUAGCUUCGACAUGAAUGAUACCAGUAUGGAAUCAACAUCAUCCAGUAGCAAGGGUAAAAAAAACUUUAUUCAAAUAAAUUUUGAUGGCUCGCUUAAGGGAAGAAAUAAAAACAUUCGUCCUGAUUAUGUUGUAGAUAAUGAAACUGGUGAAAGAUAUAAAUUUAUAUCUUAUAAUGGGGAUGAAAAAAUCAAUGUAAGAAAAGAAGAUAACUCAAAAUACUCUCCAUCAACAAAGGACAAAAAAAGAUUCUCUUAUUUUGUUGUUAAUCGUGGUGAUAGUUCUGAUGAAAGUGAUGCUAGUGAUUAUGAAAAUGAUGACCAAGAAACUAAUGCUGAGUUGCAAGCCGAUCUCGAUAUUAUGAUUUCAGAAUUUAAAGAAAAACUUAUGAUGCCUUUAGAUAAAAAGUUAAAAGAAAAAGAUAUUGAAAUUGCAAAAUUAUCAAAAGAAUUAGAAAAAUAUGUAAAAAAAGAGAACCAAAUAAAAGAAGUAAUAUAUAAACAAAAAGAAAAAGAUCAAAAGAAAGAUAAAUAUAGAUAAAUGAAGAAUCAAUUUUAUCUAAUUGAUAUUACCAAUAAAAAAAAAAAAAAAUAAAAAAAAAAAAUAAAAAAUAAAGUGAAUGUUAAACU